UCAUCUAGGACAGGAGCGUAAUCUCCUUUGGCAACUCAAAAUAGAGUGUGCUGCGGGGGAUGAGCCGUUGUUAUAAUCCUGGGAACGGAAGAUCCCUCUGCCUCUCACAACAGUCUGCGAAAGUGGCAUGGCUGCAUUUGGACUCUAAAGUCUGUAAAUGGAGGAAAGCAUGGAGAUGCGCAUACACAUUAAAGGGCUUUCUGCUGACUCAGAAUAUUGCUCCAUCAAGGGAUGUGGCCUGGUGAAAGCAAAUAAUGGACUUCGUAUCGGGAAAUCAGUUCAGGAAGACCAGUCCUGUGUUGGUGAUAGAAUGAAUAUGCCAUUGCAUCAAGUGUCUGCCUUUCCCGCUCAGGAUGCUACUUUUUGCAGAAUCUCUGGGAGCAAGAUCAAAGAGAAAGGACAGGACAAAGCCUGCUAUACAUGUAUGUCAAGAUUAGCCUUCCACUGGUUAUCUGCCUGAGUGAGGAAACCAUACAGUUGAUAUGUUAAUGAGCGAGAAGGCUUUGGGGCAUUCUAUGAAUCAGUCAAGUAACAUCUCUAAGGCUGGUGGUCCCACCUCUGUUUCUGCUUCUCAGAGCUUCUCUCGAGCAUCUACUACUCCAUCCAAUCGGGACAUCUGUAGUUCCCGUGCAGUGUGUUCUGAGUGUUGUCAUCAGAGUCCAGUGCAAUCUGCCGUUGUCUUGAAAAAUCCUGUCUGUCCGAAUUCUCUGUCCCAAGGGACUGCGGUGACUGUAAUCCGUCAGGAGACGGUGCAGGCUUCCAAGAGGAAUCUUCACGGCCAGGAUUAUGUCCUUGCUCCCAAGCCUAAGAAAGGGAAAACCGCCCAAGCUCUGAAAUUCUCCAGGUCCCUCAAUGACAUGGACCAGAAUGCUCAGAGUUCAGUCAAAAGCUUUCGCUACAUGGAUCAAACAUGUUCGGAAGACAAGUUGGCACCAAGCCGGGAACCGUGUUUAAAGUUUACCAAAUACUGUCCCAUGGAGAAGAAACCACUGAACCUCAGAGCCUUUCCUUUGGGUAAUUCCAAGCCCUCUUAUUUCCGGUCGCUCACCACCCUUUACUGGAGCCCGUCCGGGGCCAGCGAUACCCGAAGUGCAAUAAACAUCCCUCUUCUGGAGGACAAGUGUGACCACGAGAUGUUCCGGAGCGUGAAGCUGCUACGCUACCUUUUCUCCUUUUCUCGUAGCUCCAGUGCGAGUGCUCACGAACUGGCGAACUACUCCGGCCGCCUCCAGUCAGAGAAGUCCUCCAGCGUGGUGGUCGAGAGCACCGGUUUCUGUUCAGAUGACAUGGGAGAUGACGACGUCUUCGAGGACGGUGCCUCUUUAAGGCUGGACGCCUGUGAACUGCGGGCACCACUUUGCUCUGUUGAGAAGGAUAGCGACCUAGACUGCCCUUCCCCGUUGUCAGAGAAAUGCCCCCCUCUCUCCCCUCUGUCCGUAUCCGGGGAUGCCUGCAGGAUAUGCCAUUGUGAAGGAGAUGAGGAGAGCCCUCUCAUCACUCCGUGCCACUGCACAGGGAGCCUCCACUUCGUGCAUCAGUCGUGUCUGCAGCAAUGGAUCAAGAGCUCGGAUACCCGGUGCUGCGAACUCUGCAAAUACGAAUUCAUCAUGGAAACCAAAGUGAAACCUUUACGAAAAUGGGAGAAGCUUCAGAUGACAACCGGUGAGCGGAGGAAGAUCAUGUGCUCUGUCACUUUUCAUAUAAUUGCUAUCACUUGUGUGGUGUGGUCACUGUAUGUCCUUAUAGACCGGACCGCUGAAGAGAUUAAACAAGGGCAGUCUACUGGGAUUCUUGAGUGGCCGUUUUGGACUAAACUGGUAGUGGUGGCUAUUGGUUUCACUGGAGGACUUCUGUUCAUGUACAUUCAGUGCAAAGUCUAUGUACAGUUGUGGAAAAGACUUAAGGCUUAUAACCGUGUAAUAUAUGUACAGAACUGUCCAGAAACUAAAAAAAAGAGCACAUUUGAAAAAUCUGGAGCAACUGAGCCAAACACUGAAAACAAAGAUGCGCUUGGGAGUUUCUGUGCUGAGACAAAUGGUUUGCAUUACACAGAAUGUGAAGACUCUAGAACAGAUAUUUUCCAUGUCUGAUGGGUAUACUUGAAGAUCUGGGCAAGCCUCAGCUACUCCGCUCAGCUAUUCAAAAUCCUCAAAGGUCUAUCAGGUGAACGUCUUUCCCUCCAUCUCUCUGCUCUCGAACAUACCAAGUAUCUCAUGACCACAAGCUGGCCUGCAACAAGAAAUAACGGGAUUUGUGGUAAGGCAUGGAUGUGAGACAGACUGUCACUGUCUGUCCAAGUUAAAUCACUGUCGGGUUUUGGGGCUUUUUCCGAUGCCAUCCCAAAAUAUCGCAGAUUGCGUUCAGGAUUGUGAAACGGUGGAUGAAAGAAUUGUUUAAGCCACUAUGGGAAGCACCAGAUGUUUAAGCACCACUCUGCCAUAUAAUGUAAGGGCUCCUUUGCUGGGCUAUACUAGUUCAAGUUGCAUGGUCUGUAUACUGUGGAUACGCACAUACACACAUACACAAGCUCCCUGCACCUAGAAAAGUAGCAUGGCAACGGAAAGCCUUUCUGUUCAACCACACAGUCCCUCACCAAGAAUCUAAGGUUGUACAGCUCAGGGUCAGACUUGAUCAGUCAGGGCAUCCCACAAUAUGUAGUUCAGCCUCAAAAAGCAGGGACUUUAUCCUGGCAGUGUGGUUGUGCUGGUGGUGGAAUUACGCACUGCUUCCCUGAUCCAAAUCCCUGCUUAUCCCUUUUGAAAGGCUAAACUACACAUUGGAGAAUCAAGUCACAGAUCUCUUAACACAGCAGGAGAGAUUUCGUAUGUUCCAGCUUUAAAUCCAAUCUGUUCUUAGUAUUACAAGAAACAUUGUUUUAAAGGUGAAUUGCAAAGCAUAUAAAACCUUCAAUUCAUUUUUAUUUUAUAAUAAUUUUAUGAACUUAUAAUAAAAUUGUUUUAUACGAAGAUUAAAAUGGAAAGAAUCUGAUUUAACAUGUUCAUUUGAAUUUUCACCAAAGACCCGCACCUAACAUCGGCCCUAACUAGUUGCCUUUUUUUAAAAUGACAGAGUCUGUGUGGAAUCUGUAUGACAUUCACAAACAUGUUAAGCUUAGCACUGAGUGCUUUCUUGGGUUUUUUCCCCCCUAGGAAUUGAUUUUCCAAGACUCACUUUUUUUGUGACACAGAUAAUAAUGGAUGUAGCCCCAAACAGAUUAAGUGUUUCAGAGCAUAAAAUGAUUUCAGUGUUUUGAUUGGCUUGUUUUAAGAGUUAAGGAUCAGCUGAAAGCCCAGCGUGUAUCCCUAAUAUAAAUUUAAUUCUCUGUACAUAGCACAGCAGACCACUUUGGCUGCAAAACUGUUUGUGUGUGUCACCUGUCAAUUUCAAGACGAAGGUUGACAAGCCGUGAAGAACUUGCCAUUGAUUUUUUGGUAUGGGACGCUGAAGCUACGAUCCUGUUGUAAGACUAGAAGGUUCACCUGCAGUCACAAUGUUGGCUAUUAUUAAUUAGACAGGGAAAUCGAACAAGUCACCUAAAUGGGACACUAAAAAUCCAUUAAACGUUCUCUAGAAUCCUUUAAAAAUUAUGUGUCAAUCUUAGCACAAGUUGAAAAAUGCAGGCGUAAACAUGCAAAAGAUAAAAGUGGAAAAAGUGAGACAAGAAGCAGGAGCGUAUCCAUGCAAAACUGCCCUUAGGGCCGUGGUGGCGAACCUUUGGCACCCCAGGGGCUGAUGGGAAUUGUAGUCCAUAACAUCUGGAGUGCCAAAGGUUCGCCACCACUGCGGCAAGCACUGAAAACCCAUCUCUCUCCCUCCCCUGCAGCCUGGCCAAACCCUUCAACCGGGGACUCUGCCUCUGAAGUCCAUAUGGGAGGCAGAGCCCGCAGUGUGAAACUGGACCCAGCUAGGCUGAGCCCAGUAUUGAACUGCGGGCUCAAUGAAACCAGGGUUAACAUGCGGGCUCUGCCUCCCAAGUCCUUAUGGACUCUUGAGAUGGAACCCAAUGUUUAAAGCUGGACCGAGUCCAGGGCGGAGCAGAGUUCUUGGUGGGGAGUGGGCCCCUCUUCAAGUGACACGCAGGGAGCGCGCCCUGACUGCCCCAGCCUGGGGCACCUCUGACAAGCAAGGAAAAGGAAUACCAGCAUAACCAUACAGAACUGUCUGUCAAAAAUUAGGAUGUUUUUAUCAUGUCUGUUUGAUUCAUUUGGUCGCAUUGAGCCCUUUAAAAAAAAAUCUUGCUUUGAUUUUCCAUAGCAGUGGGGCAAGUCAAAGUUUUUCUAACAAAGACAAACAAAAGUAAAUGCUGAAAUUCAAUUGUGAAAACUUCAUGCAUCUAUUGCGGUAGAUUUUAAUCAUAAAUAACGAGUGGGUUGAUUUUGAAACCGGCAUUUGGUAGAGAAAUCAUAAAGAAUUGGGGUUUUGUGUCUUUCUGUGGGCCUUGGUCCUCGACUUCCCUGGAACUAGGAUGGUGGUUUCACCAGCUUUGACAGUAUGGUAAUUGGUUGCACCCUUCCAUUUUGUUUCUGGGGGUGCCAUGAUACCCCAUCCUUUCACAAUACAUGCACACUAACUACUCCUUCCACAAAUCUGCCUUUUUCUCUAGGAUUAGCUUACACUCUUGUGCAUCCUUGAAGUGCAAUUACACGGACUCGUUCCCUUCUGUCAUGCUGGAGCCCAAAUAACGUGUUUUUUCUCUCAUAAAUAUGAGAAAACGUACUCAGGAUGUAUAAAAUAUCAUAGCCCAGAUAAGCACAAGCGGAACUUUAACCAGCAAGUGGACCUUCAAAUUAUUUAGAGAAUUCCAGCGCCAGUUCUAGUUACUGUACUGAACUGAAGGUGUACACGAAUCAAAAAAGCUAAAAGGAUUGUGUUACACUCUUUCUGAGGGAUGCGGGAAUCUAUUCCUUUCUUAUUUGCAAGAUCAAAGAAGUUGAUGCUAUUGCCAUUUUUUUGGUUCCGAUAAUUUUGGUAAAGGACACAGGACCGUUGCCUCAUUUUGAGCUCAUGUGCAUUGUCUAGAGUCUUGUGCAUUUGUUUUUUUUAGAGUAAGGACUAAGCAACAAGAUUUAUCACUAGAAAAAAAAGGACUGGGGUGCCAUGUAAAAUCAUGAGUGCUGCUGUAUACAUCACUAUGCUGCAAGAAGACUUUUAUGGCACGGGGUCAGCUCCUGACCCCACGUGGCCCACCCUCCGGUCUUGGUGCUUAGUUUACAUUGCCUGUUCUGUAGGUGUUCUUACUGUAUCCGGAUCUGAAACUCUGGGCUCUGGGAUCCAUUUAUCAACAUGAAGUUUACUUGAACGCUGGCAACAUCUCUGGCUUAAACUCACCAGUUCUGGUUUACUGCUUAUUCAGGGACCGAAGUAAGAAUACUUGCGAAAUUGUUGCUGCUAAAUAUGCAGAUAUUUUCAACGAGACCUUUUUAAACUUUGACGUUUGUCAGAAUCUGGAUAAUCCAGUGGAGUGCUGAAACGUAGUUUGUGUUUAUAGGAGAAUAACACAUGUUUGCAAUUAAUACUGUACUUAAACAUUUUGUAGCUAAGUUAUUGUAUAUGGCUUUACACUGGCACAUGGUUCCACUUUCUACAAAGCAUUUUACAGUCCAGAAUUUUCAUCCUGUAUAAAAAUUCUAGCAUUUACCAUUUUAGCAUCCUUUGCCGAGAGCUUCCUGUUGUCUCAGUAUUACUCAGUGUUGCUGGGCAGUAGGGGCAGUUUUCUUAAACUACUUGUCAUUUGUGUAAAACACAGAGGUGAUUAACUGCAGCAAUAAAGUUUUUAUAACAUCUGAA